ACUCUCGAUAUUUCUAGAGCCGGCGAGGUAAGUAUUCGAUUCGGUAACGGCGAACUUAUAAGGUUAUUAAGAUUUACGGUCGUUAGUACCCUAUUUAGUAAUAUUACUUUUUACGUCUUACUAACUAAUACUCCUUUCUUAUACUACUUAAGGGAUAUAGAUAAGCUAAGAAUAUACUUUAAUAAUAUUAAUAACCUACUAGUUAAGGGAGAUAUUAUAGUACUUAUUAUUCGUAAAUAG